AUGGUGCCAUCUUAUGUUGGUACUUAUGAAUCAUUUUCGCCUUUACUUCUUCCUACUACAACAACUAGAAAUCCGUGCUUUGACGAUGAAUGGCUAUUACCAAGACGAUCUGGAAUCACAAACAAUACUUUCAGAGGAGCAAGGAUUCCACCAAGAACCCGAUCCUAUUCAGCACGACGGCCAAUAUCACGAAACAAUAAAAACUCGUUUCAAAUUACAUACACAAUUCAUGAUGGUUUUACCUUCAGUGAGAAAUUAAUCAUUGAAAAAGCGUUGCAAAUUGUUGCUAAUCGAUCGGUAAAACGAGAAAUUCAAGAAAACAUGUACGAAAUUUGUGGAGAAUCCUGUUACCAGUUGGCAAGUGGAGUAUGGUCACGUUCUCAACUGUCAAAUCACAAGAACUAUCAUGGUCCACAUGACUUAUUACAAUAUCAAUUGAUGUGUCUUAAAGUAAAAGGUGAGAAAGAUGAGUUUCCGACGAUACAUAUUUAUCCAAUCUACGAAGAAAGUCAUAUACUAGGUAGAGGUGAAGUUGGAUGCGUUUCAUUUAUAUCUCAUGGGUCUACGUUUUCGACCCAUGACGAAUUCGAUAUUAAUUUAAAUCGAUACAAUCUCGAUGCACCUGGUACAAAUGGUUUGGAUCCAGUAUUUUGGGCGGGAACGAUAGUACAUGAAAUGCUCCACAAUUUGGGUCAUAGGCAUGAGGCAAAAGGUUAUAAUAAUAUUUGGCAAAUCGAUGUUUUUAAAAAAUGUUUUGUACAUAACGGCAACUAUUCACUGCACUAG